AUGGCUUCUUCUGCGGACCAGCGGGAGGCUUUGCGAAAGCUGCCAGAAGGUCUCAAGCGACCACAUUCAUCCGUGCAGUUGCAGGAGAGGUUGCGAGACGUCACCAUUCCGGAUGGGAUCCGCCACGAUGCCUUCCUCCUCAAGUUCCUCCAGGCGAGAGAUUACGACCUGGACAAGGCGGAGAAGAUGUUUCGAGCCGUGAGUGCCCCCUCCUUCCGAAAGCCCCAGUCAUCGAGGAAGAGCGAAGACGCACGCAGCAGGUUCAAGAAAGUUUCCGGGAUGGAUGGAUGCACGUCCGAAUCGGCCCGCGACCCUCGAACCAACGAAACGGAUCCAGAGGAGGUAUAUCUCGAUGGCAUCACCCGGACAUCCGUGUUUGUGAAGCACCUGGAAUGGAGGGAGAAGUGGAGGCCGGAGUACCUGCGGGACGAGUGGAAGGUCCCCGAAGUGCUGCAGAUAUACGCGUCAUCCGGUUUCCUCGGACACGACUUCAAAGGAUCACCCGUGAUGUUUGCGGACCAAGGCGGGAUGGACCUGAAGGGGAUCCUCUCCUGCGUCUCCAAGGAGGAUUACAUCCGAUGGGUCAUCCGGAAGUUCGAGCAAUCCCGGCAGAAGAUGCGGCUGGAGCAUGCAGACGAGAGCGGGCCGGCGUCGCAGUUCGUCAUGAUCUUCGAACUUCAGGGCUGGUCCUUCUCCAGCGUUUUCUCGAAGGCCGUGCUGGACGUAUCGUCAGCCAUAGGGGAGAUGCAAGAGGCAAACUACCCCGAACACCUCCAACGCGCCUACUUCCUCAACGUGCCUUGGUUCUUCACGAUGGCGCUGAACAUCGUGAAGCCGUUCCUGCACCGGGCCACGCUGGACAAGAUCGUCUUCCUGGGCGGCAAGGACCAAUACGUGCCCGUGUUGACUCAGGCCAUUCCGAAGGAGAUUCUGCCCAAGUUCUGGGGCGGGACCAGGGUCGACGAGGAUGGGGAUCCGAAAUGCCCCUCUGUUAUCGGGAAAGGUGGAAAAGUGCCCAAGUCCCUGUAUCGAAGGAAUAAAAAUGAAAAGGAAGCAGAGGAGAAGGAGCAAGAGAAGGAAGAGCCCGGAGGUGAAAGGGAAGGAGUGAAGAUCCUCCGAAGCGGAGAAGCCCUGAACCUAGAAUGUCGCGUUUCCCAUCCGGGAUCGCUUCUAAGCUGGAAGUUCAGCACGGAGGAGGAAGGGUUGGAGUACUCAGUGCUGCGACUCGAAGAUGGGAAGCCGAAGGACAACCACUCGGAGGCCGUCUCCGAGCGUCCAGUGAAGGAAAGGGAGCGAGUGGACAGUCACCGGGGAACUGUCUCUGGGGAGAUCCUCCUCCAGGAGCCCGGUCUCUACUGCCUUCGGUUUCAUUCAGAGUCCUCCAGUGACAGGCUCAACUACUCCAUCGCCGUCGCCCUUCCUCCUGCUCCGCUGUGAUCCCUCUCUUUCAAGCGGUGAAUUUGAAAAACAUGUAUUUUCAACAUGACAUAUUCACAUUUUCAUAUAAAGUAUGUACAAACAUGAC